AUGGCCACCACCACCACCACCACCCCGCAGCUCCCUCACAUCCGCGACCUGCACUCCUUCUCGGACCUCGAGCAGACGCAGGUCCUCGACCUCCUCUUCGAGCCCAGCCCCGCCAUCCACGCGACGCUCGUGCCCGUGAUCCGCACCGCCCAGUACCAGUCGUACCCGGACCUCGUCGACGCGUGCCAGAUCCAGCUGCUCUCCCUCGCCGCCGACUCCAAGCCCACGCCGGCGCUCCUCUCCGUCCUCGGCUCCCACCCGCGCCUCGGCGCCAAAAAGGUCGACUCGGCCCAGUCCGUCGCCGAGCAGGCCAACCUCCAGGGCGAGGGCGAGGAGCUCGCCCGCCUCAACGACGAGUACGAGCGCCGCUUCCCCGGCCUGCGCUACGUCGUCUUCGUCAAUGGCAGGGGCCGGCCCGAGAUUAUGCAGGACAUGAGGACGCGCAUUGACCGUGGCGACUAUUCCAAGGAGAUUGCCGCGGCGCUUCAGGCCAUGUGUGACAUUGCCAAGGACCGAGCGUCCAAGCUGCCCGUACAGCCGUCAAGAGCGAACAUUUAG